AUGCAGGAAGAGGAGGACACGUCCACAGGCGCCCCCAUGCAGGAAGAGGAGGAGGACACGCCCACAGGCGUCCCCAUGCAGGAAGAGGACACGCCCACAGGCGCCCCCAUGCAGGAAGAGGAGGACACGCCCACAGGCGUCCCCAUGCAGGAAGAGGAGGACACGCCCACAGGCGCCCCCAUGCAGGAAGAGGAGGAGGACACGCCCACAGGCGUACCCAUGCAGGAAGAGGAGGACACGCCCACAGGCGCCCCCAUGCAGGAAGAGGAUGAGGUCACGCCCGCAGGCGCCCCCAUGCAGGAAGAGGAGGAGGACACUCCCACAGGCGCCCCCAUGCAGGAAGAGGAUGAGGUCACGCCCGCAGGCGCCUCCAUGCAGGAAGAGGAUGAGGACACGCUCCCAGGCGCCCCCAUGCAGGAAGAGGAUGAGGACACGCCCGCAGGCGCCCCCAUGCAGGAAGAGGAUGAGGACACGGGCCAAGGAAGUCAAACAUGUUAUCUAUUCAGGAAACUCAAAGAUCAAUACAUUAACAUCAGCAUGAGGCAAAGAUAA